AUGUUGCGCACAAGUGAAGAGAAUCCGGUUGUUACAAGUAAAACUAAUAAUAUAAUCAAUAUUUCCAAUCUUGGAAAAAGAAGUUCUUCGAAUGUAAAUAAACCGCUACGACGUCGAUAUUUUUACACACGAUAUCAAGAUCUCGAAAUGUUUGAAAUAGGUAUAGCAUCAGCUACAUUUACGAAAAUUCCCCGUCUGUCACUUGCUGCUCAUCAUUCAGUUCCGACGAUUUAUAAGAUUCGGGUUCAGAUGACGGCUCAGCCUGGCAAACAAGGAGUAUACAGUCUAGUUCAGUUUCUCAUAAAUAACCAAGUGUUAAUUUCAAAUCAGCUACUACCAAAUAAUGAUAAAUGUCUUAAACAUCAACAUGUUUGCGAAAGUAGCAUUAUGGCGUUAGAUUUUCGAGGCGGUAGCUUCUUUGGUAGUGGAAGUACUACUUCGCUGGCAGCUGAAACACAUUUCAUUGAAGUAGGAGCACGAACCGAAGAUCCGUGGUUACGUUUAUGGAGCGGUGAGCUUUCUGUAGAAAUGGCUGAAUACGAUCCAGAUUGGCAUGUUGGAUUAUCAUAUCCAACUAUUCGUAAUUUGGAUUAG